AAAUAUUGUAUAUUGAGAAUGCAACUGAAGGCACCACUUGUUUGUAUAGAUAGCCUCGGUAUUAUUUGAGGGUGGGAGUAUACUUCUUGGGUGCUGUGUAUUCAUUCCUAAAAUGAUUGGGAUAGAAGUAAAGGGACGCUUAAAUCAAUACGUAAAAGCCAUCCUGCGCAACGUAGUUGACGAAAAUGUGAUUGUCUUCUACCCGGAAAAAAAUGAAGAGGAACAGGUUCCGAUCAGAAAUGUGCGACUACCCCCAACUUCCGAACGAGAUGUUCAUCCUGGACAAAACGGGGAAGCCCUAUUUUCCGUCGUGACCGAUCAGACUCCAGGUUCAUCUAGUAAUACAAUUACACUGACUGGCCGUUGGGGCGAUGAAACUAAUAGUAAACCGGAAGUUGAACUCAUACUGGAUGAUCAGCUGAAUUAUCUCCCUAUUCCAUCUUGGUGGCCUUGUCGCGUUGUCAAGAUUCGAGAUGAUGUCGCAGUAGUUAAGUUAAAUGUAUCACCACCGGCCGAUGCAACACCCUCAGAAAUUUCACUUUGUACACACCUUUCUACUGUCACCGAGAUCGUAAGUCGUAAGUCUCUACGUCAGCCCAGUGAUGACUGCCCAUGUCUGUCACCUGAUAUCAUUCACCGGCAUCGUAUUGAAAUUCCAAAGGAAUUGGCAGACUUUGCUUCUGAUCCUUCUGUCCACCAUGACUUUUUGCGCCAUUGUGGUGGCCCUGUAAGCCUACACUACGAUAAUGAGUCUUCCUGUUUGGUCGUGUUAACGACAGACCCUGUAACAGCCAAGAAUGUUGCCUUGUUGGAAGAUACUCAUUUAAGGAUGUUGCGCCAAAAAUGGGCCCUAACUCGAAGUCUUCGGCAAACUAUUCGAAAUCUUGAGGUCAAUCGCGGACCAGAUGUAUCACGACCAGGUGGGUCAAAAAACUGCAGUGACUGGAACAGUGAUCCUAGUCUAUUUGUUGAAAAGUUUUUUGUUCCUCAACAUCUCAUGGGUUUAGCUAUAGGUGCUCGUGGUGUAAAUAUUCGUGCUGCAAGAGAAAUUCCCGAUGUAAUCCGUAUCGAGUCAUGGGAACCGUCUGAAUAUAAUGCAAGAAAUAAUGACCCUGUCGAUAAUUCUGGAGAUCAUGGUGAAGCUGCGAUGUUUGUUAUAGAAGCCAAGACUCCAGAAGCUGCAAAACAAGCUCGAGCUAAAUUGGAAUACUCCGAGCUAUAUUUAGGUGUUCCACGUCGUUAUGUAGGACGUUUGAUCGGAAAAAGAACCUCAAAUAUUAUGUCCAUUAUUCGUAAAUCUGGUGUUGUUCACAUUCAUUUCGAUGAUCAUAUUGAAGGCUCCGUGUCUCUCAGCGAUGAUAAUAACCAAACUGAUGUUAUUAAGUAUUCCCAUCCAGGGCAUCCUUUAGCAAGCACAAUGCGACGAGUCUUUCUAAAGGCUGGAAGUGCUCAGACAUCCUCACAACCAUAUACAGAUGAGGAAUACGGUGGAUUCAUACUAGCUGGUACAAGGGACUCGAUCGAAAAAGCGCGUUUGUUGAUCAACUUCCAAAUGGAUUAUUUCUAUGAUCUUGAAAAAAUGGAGAGCGAAAAGCUGGAGUUAAUGCGUAGUUUAUCUCAUGGUGGAGUGGACUCUGGUCCAGUCUACCCAGCUCGUGGUACGGCAGUCGGACGUUGGGGUGAACGUGGUGGUGUUGGGAAUUAUGGCCGUGGUGGUCGCGGACGCAGACCAGGUCGUGGUGGCCUGUUACAUCCUCCUGUUAGUGAUGUCAAUCAUGGACAUUAUACAGAUGAUGAGAAUAUUGGAAAUCCAAUCCCCUGUCGAGGUGCAAAACGUACGCCUCGUGAAACAUACGGUCACCGUAGUGCUGGUGGAAGAAUCCCACGUCAAAGUGGAAGAGGAAGUCGGCGAAUAGGAGGUCCAGGUCGCGAUUCUAAUUGGAAUAACCUCAUGAACAACAACGGGGAUGUCGCUGACCGUCGUCGAGGUUCAGGUGAUUCGGAUGUCUUGGAGUCUGACAACUUGCCUGAUGGUUUGUCUGCAGAACGAGCAAACGCUGGAAGACAUAACAGAGUAGGACGUCAUUCUCCAGCUCCAAAUGGAUUUUAUUCUGAUAGAGAACGUGGGGACGAAAGUGAGGAUACCCUCAAUCCUAGCAAUGAAAACAAUUUCCCUUGUGGUGAUGCGUCUUCUGAAGACGGCGGGGGUUGUUCAGUUGACAAUAUGCGCUCAAGACUGAAUAAAUAUGUACAUAGUCGUCGUAACAGUAAAUCACGUCCCCACGUCGCUCACAUCCAGCUCGUCCCCAAAAUUCCGACCAGUGGGAUACCAAUUGUCAAUUCAACAACGUCGAUUCAUCUCUUGGUAGUCAGAAGUUACGUAGUGGUGGUCAGGGUAAUUAUUCUGCCAGACAGCAGUCGGCGCAAGUAGUAUAUCAGGAAUAGAGAUCCUUGCACACUUUUACUGGAUGUUUGUGUGUACCUCUUUAAGUUGAGUUAACGAAAAACUUCAUGUAUUACAUUCUCAUAUCUUCAUUUCUUGUUGUUGUUUGAAUAUUGUUUCUUUUGUUACUUUCCCGGAGUUAUAUAUAUAUAUAUAUAUAUAUAUAUAUAUAUAUAUAUAUAUAUAUAUAUAUAUAUAUAGUCUCAUACCGACAAUGUUGUCUGGUUUUUCGCAAACAUUAUUACUAAUAUCCAAUCUCAUCUUCAUUUCUUACACACGAAUACGUUACACAUGUUUAUACAACAUUACAAUUUCUUAAACCUGUGAUUAGCAUGCAUAUCUUAUGUGGUUCAUUAGUUUAUUCGCGCUCAAGUAGCAGUACUUCAUUUUAACCGGUUCCAGUCAUCUCAUUCAGUAUCAAGAUUUUUAAGCAAUAAAAAGACAACCACUUCAGGUGUACUCAUAAGAAACUGUUAUGUCUUCAUUUCUGUCACCUUCUAAGAAUAAUCACCUUUGAACUAACUACUUAUCCACCGGUAACUGCGUUUUUCCAUCUAAGUGUAUUAACUAGUUCUAAUUUAUUCUAUACGUUAUCUUCUGAAUAAACAAUUUCUCUUCGUUACAAUCUUUUCUUCAUACAUUUUUUCAUACUUUCCUUUGUUAAUGUGCCUUUUCAAGUCACUUGAACUUUUUAGAAGUAUUUGUUAUUUCUCAUGCAAAAACUGAUGAAAGCAUAAAAGCUUUUGUCAUUUUACAGUGGAUAGUUUGUAAAUUUUACUUAUGUCUAUGUGUUAAGCAUGCUUGUGUGUAUAUGUGUGUGUUGUUAGCACUCUUCAACUUGUCAGUCUUCCGAACUCUUUCUAAAAAACAUUGUGGUAUGAGUGGCCUUUUAAUGUAAUAUGCUACUCAUUCAUUUUAUUGUAUUGGGUUUAUCCAUCUUACUGUUAACUUGUUCUUUUCUGUUCAUGCGCCUCUUGCAUAUUCGUUAAUUAAGUUGCAUUU